AUGACGCUGAAAGUCCCAAAACUAGCACUCACUAAUAGAUUAAAAGACUACACCACCCUCAAACAUGUUAAUAGAAAAAAAGAAGUUAUCAUUCUCGAAGAACUCAACAACGACGACGAAUUAUCAGACAUCGAUCAUGACGUCGUCUCCGUCGAAGACGCAAGAGACAGUAUCACAGAGAAACUCCACUGCAUCACUCUUAGCAAUCAAAAAUCGAAACCGAUAGAUUAUGAGAAGGCUGUGGCGGAGCUAAGCAGACACGUCCUUCCCGUGGUUCCUGAAAAAAUUGAUGCAAGUGAAGAAACAAACAAAGAGUAUGCAACACAGUUCGAAGUUCAGGGAUUCCCAAUUAUCAAGAUUUUCAGAAACGGAUGCAAAGCUGUUCAGGACAACGGACCUCGUGAAGCUGAUGAGGUUGUUGGUGAUAAGAAGGUUAAAGUUUUCCCUAAUUUAUCUCGAUCUGAGUUUGUAUCGUUCUUGGCUACUGCUGAGAAACUGCGCUCGGACUAUGAUUUUGCACACACCUCUGAUGCCAAGCUUCUUCCUUGUGGAGAAUCAAGCAUUCCGCUUUUCACCGUCUUUGACAAGAAUUCAAAUAACCAUCCUUAUGUUAUCAAGUUCUUUGACAUCCCUAAUACUAAGUGGGAUUGCAAAAGGUUUAGCGUUUCUCUAUGA